UCAGGGAGUAAAACUCAAGGUGUGGUGCAAGGCGUAACCUCAGUGGCUGAGAAGGCGAAGGAGCAGGCAUCCCAGCUGGGCGAAGCGGCGUUCUCCGGCGCCGGCAACAUUGCGGCGGCCACCGGGCUGGUGAAGAAGGAGGAGUUCCCUGCAGACCUGAAGGCAGAAGAGGUGGCCCAGGAGGCCGUGGAGGAGCCACUGGUUGAGCCGCUGCUGGAGCCAGAGGGGGAGAACUACGAGGAACCCCCGCAGGAGGAAUACCAGGAAUACGAGCCAGAGGCAUAAUGGACCCCCAUCCUUGCCUCUUCCACCAGCAGCACAACGAACCGCCGGUAGCCCCCUGCUCCUCUCCAGCCGGCCCCGGCCGGUGCCUGUGUGCCGGGGAGGAGCAGGGGCGCCCCUGCCCCGUUCGCUCACGAGUUCUUCCUCCAGUUCCGUUCCAAGGGACCGUGUCCGUGUCUCCGUAACAUGUCUAGCAGUGAGAAACACCCGCAGUGUCCAAGCCCCCGAGCCCCGGCGCGUGCCCGAGCCGUGGGUGCUGCCCGCAGGGGCUGGUGUGUGUGUGUGUGUGAGCGUGUGUGAAGCCCGGGUUUAUGGCUCUGUCUCCCUCCCAGCACCAUAAACCCCGGCUAUCCUGGCGUGUCUGUGUGUGUACAAAGCAUGUUUACCUGCUCGCGGGCUGCUGUACAUUUUGCUUGCACGCGUGUCCCUGUGGUUCUGCUCUGGUCAUCGUGGAACUAUUUUUUUUUAUAUAUAUAUCUCUCUCUCUAUCUAUGGGUGGACGGGUCUUUUGCCUUUGUGAACCCUUGGCGCCCCAGCCCGCUCCCCAGCCUGCUGGGUGGUGACGGUGCCUGCGCCCCCCCCGAGGUCCCAUAGUGCCGACGCUGUGUUGUGACGUGGCAUGGAUAUUCCCCCGUCGCUGGAUGUGCAAUACGAGGGCAGCUGCCAGUGACACAGCUGUCCCCGUGUCCGUGAAUAAAGCCAACUCUUGUCUGUA